GCCAAUACAUUUCCAUUUGAAGAGGCCCAUCAUCUACCGCUUGGACCUCGUUGUUUUUUUGUUGUUGUUUGUUGUUUCUGUUUCUAAACUCACUUCUGUUGUCUCUUACUAUUCAAUCUAACUCUUUCACUCAAAGCUCCAAAUCCAUCCUGACUUUGCCAUCACCCAAGACCACCGACGUUCCACCCUCCGGCAACCUAGCGCCUCCUUCGUUCUUUCUCAAUCGCUUAGUUCUGGUGUUGCUGUCCGUGUCGGACACCGGGACACAUCUUCGAUCUGAUAGUCAUGGUUCAAGAAAGUGGCAGGAGGCAGAGUCCAAACAUUUUGGUGACUGGUACACCAGGGACAGGAAAGACAGCCAUGUCAACUGCCCUGGCUGAAGCCACUCAGCUCCGCCACAUCAAUAUUGGAGAUUUGGUAAAAAAGAAUAACUUGCAUGAUGGCUGGGAUGAUGAGCUUGAUUCUUACAUUAUUGAUGAAGAUUUGGUGUGUGAUGAACUUGAGGAUGUUAUGGAAGAGGGUGGGAACAUUGUUGACUAUCAUGGCUGUGAUUUCUUUCCUGAGCGAUGGUUUGAUUGUGUCGUUGUACUUCAAACUGAUAACACCAUUUUGUAUGAUCGUUUGAGUAAGAGAGGUUACAAAGAUUCAAAGCUUUCCAACAAUGUCGAAUGUGAAAUCUUUCAAGUUUUGCUCGAGGAGGCUAAACAAAGUUACGCAGAAGACAAAGUUGUUGCAAUGGAAAGUAAUAAUAUUGAAGACAUUAGUAGAAAUGUUGCAACUCUGACAGAUUGGAUCAGAAAUUGGGCUUCUCCACCCCAGUCAUAAACAACAAAUAUAAGUUCAAUGUACACACCAUGGUAUAGGGUGUGAUGAAAAUAUUAUGGGUUCAUGCCUGAAUUUGCAAUCUUGUAGAAUUACCUCUUACAAGUUUAGAUGAGGCAUUAGUUUUUGACAUUCAUGUUAUUAUGGGUUUUAAAUUAGACAACAGAAAGUGUGUUAAACUUUUAUAUGGUUUCACAAUAAUGAACUGAGUUGAGAUAGCUAA